AAGAUUGCUUAUUGCAACGAGAAUAUGAAAUAAUCACGCGUUAUCAAGCACAUGGUCACACGCUUCUUUCCCGCAAUACCGAUAACCGAAAAUACCUAAACACAAGCACACAACCACAUACACGAAAUGUGCUCCCAGUACUCACAUACGUUCCACAUGUAGAUUAUAAAUAAGUAAACGGUGCACGGAACCGCUUGGAACCGCUGAAGCUGCUUCGGUUAUCGCCGCGACGACUGCCUGCCACUCACAGCGCAACGCUUACAGCUUGCCACUCGCGGCUACAAAGUCAAGGAGUCAGUGCGAUAGACAAACCAAACGGCACAUAAAUAUACACUUGCCACCGCGCGGCUAUCAACAAUCCAUUGGUUGUCUUGCCGCGCUCACAGCGUUAUUGCUCGCUGCCGCGCUCGCUCAGCUUUUCCGACUGCCAGCGCGCCUCUUUGGUUGUUCCAACGCCUCGCUUCCUCGAUACGGUCUUUAUCUGCUUGCAAAAUUUCAAUGUGCGCCUUAGCAGUGUUUGCGGCCUGAGCAAUCUGACAGUAUAGUUUAUGAUGUUGCUGCUGCCGUUGCUGCCUCUAUUGUUGCUGUUGAUGUCGUCGAUGUCGGUGGCGCUGAGUUGGUGCAACUCGUGUGUUUAUUUAUAAUAAAACAUUCGCUUUCGACCGUCGCGCUUUGGCUGGUGGUGGUCGUUGGUGCGUUCGCUUAUCGUGCCUACUGGUGACGUGACGUGCCGCAACGACGAAUUGCAGUAGAUUACAAAAACUAAAAACCGCUACGAACAAAAAAAAAACGCAAUUCGCAAAGAAAGCGAUUAAACUGUAAUUAAUUAAAAGGAAGUUGUAUAAGUUUUAUUAAUUUGGGUGCUUUGGCUUCACCAGUUACCUAACUGAGGAAAAAACAACGAGUGGAAGUGAAAAGACGACCAUAAAACAGUUUAAUUAAUAAAACAAUAUAUUUAUAAUGUAAUAUACUUAAAUAUUAAUCCAUGGAUUGUGUGUAUCGUUAAAAUGCCAAAAAUACAUAUCACUUCUCUGCUUCGACCUCGCGGUCAUUUGAAGCCGAUUGAGGAUAAGCCGUCAGCACUAUCGGAAACUGCCACCGAGGAGACAGCUGAAGCAACAGAUUGCAGUACUACACCUACCGACUCGUCGCAACAAUUGGAGACGGGUAUACCACAGACAAGAAGUGUAGAAUUCAUACCGACAUUAGAUUUCGUGAUACAUGAACCUGUUGCCACAGAGCUCGACGUGCAACAUGUCGUCGAUAUACUGUCACAGCUAGAACUCGAUACAUUCAACGUCAACACUACAAAUAACUCGGCAAACGACGAUGAUGACAACAGUGAUAUUCACUCCGGACAUACAUAUGUAAUUAAUCGUAUUAGUAGUGCAGAAAUAUAUAGCGGCGACAGCACCAAAACUGAGGAAUUGCUGCGACAGCAGAUCAUCCCUUGCAACUCCACAGACACUACGACGGAAUCUUCACUUGUCUACGAGCAAACUAGCUCAAUAUCUAUCGAAAUGAACAAUUUAGAAAAGAGUGCAACAACAGCCACAACGGCGACUACAACAACUACACCGACAACGACAGAUGAAGUGCCUGAGACGUCAGCCACGACGUCUCGUAAGAAUAGUAACCCAAGUGCCAUCACCACAGCCACAACGUCCAGCAGUGGUGAGCAAAGCAUAGAAGAGGAGAUUGAAGAGGCCAUUGAAAUUAGUGAAGAAGAUGCAGCAGAGUUGUCAGGAGUUCGUACGUUGGACUCAUCCAAAUCAGCGGACUAUAUAAGGCCAAUUUCAACAAAGAAGCAACAAAUACAAACUGAUCAACAUUUCGGAGAGGAAGAAAGUUUCCUACGGCCAAUAAGGAAUGUGAAUAAAAUAAAUGCUAGCAUAGAAGAAGACGAACAAUUCAAAAUUGAUGAUGAUCAAUUGUCCGGUGGAAAUAUAGCACAGCAUUUUGUAUUAGACGAAGAUGAUGACGAUGAUGAUGAACAAAUUAAACUAGUAGACAAGGUACAAGUACACUCACGGCAUGAAACGUCCAGUGAAGCCAGUGUGCCGCUUAGCAAAACUGCUGCUAGUGAUUCAGCGGAAGUUGAUUUUGAUGAUUUGGAUGUAAGCCUACCACUGGAGAAACGUGUGGUGCAUUCUCCUCACGAUGCGCCGGUGCUAAGUAACCAGGAAGCUGAACCACGGGAGCUGAGUUUAAGCAAUGAGAGUACAGCGAAUGAUGUGUCAGAUUUUGUAGAAGAACCAAGACAAGGUGAAGACUCACUGAAGAGUGAAGAAUUAUUAGUAGCAGAACCGGAUGAGACACAAACAUCUUGUGAUAACGCUGAAAAUGAAGUCAACGCAUCUUUGAGUAAAUCUCUGGCUUCGAAAAACUUACAAAUUAGUGCAACUUCACAAACACUUCAAGCUGAUGGCCAGUCUCCAUUGCUGGCGCAGCAAGAGUCAAUUAUAUCGCCCGCACGCAGUGAACAAGACCACUCAAUAGAAGAGAUUGUGGAAAGAAACCAUAGUUUGGAAUACACAUUGGAUGAUCGGGACUUGAGCUCUCUCAAUCCAAGUUUUAUUUUGCACAAUGAAACGCUUGUGAAUCGCCUGCUGACAGACACAGUGGAAGAACAACCGGAAAAUUUAAUAAAAGUCAGCAAUAUGAGUGCCAAUUUGACAAAACCCGAAAAUGAAGUACUUCCUACCGACUUGGAACACCAAAAUUUAGACUCUAGACGUAUAGUUACCGACUUGGAUGCUGUUCAGAUUGAAGCAACAAGACGUGUAGCUACGCUAGAAGGUACAAAACAGACAGGAAUCUUUUUAGCGGGAGCGGCCCAAAAUGCCAACUCAAAAGAGACUGAAUUCACACUUAAUAUUUUACCUGAAACUACUCAACGUAUUGAAAACUUACAAAAUGUGCCAUCACUUGAGACCAAAUUUAUAGAAAGGAAGCUAGCGGUUAUCUCCGAAACCUUACAGCUGCAGGGCAUGGCCGACAUUGAGGUGGAGACCUUGGAGACCGUUGUGGAGCAAGUAGAAGACGAUGAAUCAUCGACAUGUGAUAUUAAUUCAGCCACGAAUGCUUUACGCGACAUUCUAAACGAUUUGCUUGGUGCUAAAAAUCAGGUGACCAGUGUUUCACCUGAGCUUGAGGUUGGCGCUACUGAAGACGAUGAUGAUGAUGAUACAUCUUUGGAACUAAUGAAAUUACGUAUACUCGCCAUGAAACAUCAGACUAGAGAACAACUGAACAAUAUUUCCCAUAGUGAAGUGGAAGCUGGGAGUGCCAACGUGAGUGGCGAUGUGCAGAUUAUUAAACCAAUGGAGCGUGUUCCCUUAAGUGAGUACACAAAAGAUGUAUUGGAAGACAUCACUGAAGAGAGCGAGCGAAACUCACUCUCUACCGCAGAGGAGCAUCGUUCAUUGUCGAUGGAACGUUCUGCGUCGACAACCGAUGGUAAAGAAGAGAAUAAAACUAUACAUGCUGAAGUGGAGGCACAAACGACAGAUUUGACCAACACCACGACUAGUAUAGUAAGUUUGAAUAUGCUGCAAAUGUUGGAGAACAAAGUGACUGAACUGCAGGAUAUGGUGUCUGGCAAGGACGCCUGUUUAGCUGCGCUAAACUUGCAGCUGGAAACGGCACAGCGGCGUGAAUCGAGUGGCGCAUUUUCUGCAGAACAACUUGGCUCAGGCAGAGACACUAACAGCUCGCUGGUGACAAGCUCGACGGAGUAUCGCACAUUUCAAGAAGAAUUCGGUGGACCGACGAUGGAUAUUUACAUGGAAGUAUCGAAGCGUGACGAAUUGAUUGCCAAAUUAACGGAUUCGCUACAGCAAUCAAUGAAUGUACGUGAAAAUCUGCAAAUGGAAAGCGACAAACUCGCCAAUGAGGUACAACUGCUCCGCAAGCAGCUAACCGAUGCGCUGGACACUUUGCGUCGACCGAACUGGCCGCGCACCGAUUUGGACAGCAAUUAUGGUCAACGCAUAUCGGAGAUUUCAAUGGAUUUAAUAAGCGAGAGUGACGAUGAUUUAGAGCGGCAUUUCUUCACAGACAAUGAGGAUAAAUAUUCACGUAACUCACGCGAGCGUCAGCUCUCGGUGCCUCGUCAAACGACGGAGAUGUACGGUAGUGUUGGCGGCGAUAUGGCCGCAUCUGAGUGGUCACAACCACCUUUUAGCAAACAAAUCGAACAUUUUCAGAAAUAUCUCAACCCGAAUGAGGUACGCCUCUUCUUUAUGGUGCAGAAAAAGUUCGAUGAUUAUUUGUGUCAAGAGUUGGAGAAGUGUAAAAUAAAAUGUGAACAUGAGCAAAGGGAUAUAAUUGAGAAACUUGAGACGGAGCAACAAAGCCAAGCUGCUGAAAUGAAGAGACUAAUAAAUUUUCGCGAAGAGCAGGAUAAGAAGCAUGCAAAAGAAGUAGAAGAGUUGCGCAAAUACUUUGAAACCAAAUGUGCCGAAUUGGAGAAACAGUUUUCCGAUGAUGUUUUUUCGCAAAAAUCACAACACCACCCCGGUGACACAUCUUCAUCCGAAGGCUCAGAUCAGGAGCAAUUGCCCGAGGAUCGUGCCGCAGCAGCCAAUCUAGCCAAAAAGGAGAUUUCGCCACGUAAACGCGCACGCGCAGCUCUUUUGCUUAGUCCAAGUCAUCGUCAAAUUACGCCCAUCACGGAUGCAUUUAAUGAAGAUGUCAAUAACGCUAAAGAAAUCACGGAGUUGAAGGCUUUCUAUCAGCAAAAGUUACAAGAUUUACAGCGCACAAAUGAAGAGCAACUCCGCAACCUCACCGAGAAACUGAAGUAUUAUGAGGUCCGUUAUCCAGAUGACGAAUUUUUGUCGGUCAAUAAAACAACAACUACUUCGCCCGCACAUGAUGUUAACGCUAGAAAUAUGUUUAACAAAACAACAACUAACAUGACAACAAACAAUUUAAAGUCAACAAACGACGGCGAAAUGAAACCACAAAACACCAACAAGAUUGCCAGUCAGGAGACAGUAACAUUACAAGUACACGAUUCCAAUACUUCGUUGAUUAUCAUCGACCAGGAUGAGCUGAACCUGCACAACGAAUCACAAGUGAUACAAAAGAUAAUCGAAGAGUACGAAAAACGCUUGCAGGAGCAAUUGACUUUGGCUCGCGAAGACAUUGUGCGUGAGUUGGAGACACAGAUACAGACUUUACUGUCGGAAACAACAACGGACGAUCAACAUUGGCCGCCGGAACUGAUUUUAUUGCGCGAGAAAUUCACCGCUAAGAGUCAAUUAAAAAUCGCGCAACUGCAAAUCAAACAUGAAGAGGAGAUGUCGCGCCUAAAAAUGGAAUAUGAAAAGCAGCUGAAUCGGAAGAAUAAGCGCAAUUCAACGUUCGAUUCAGCACGCAAUUUUGAACAGAUAAUUACGGAUCGUGACAAUUUGCGCGAUCUGUGCAAAACUUUCCGCAGUGUCCUAGCCGAACUCGCCAAAUGCGUCGUAAACUGCGAAGAGGACAUAAACACAACGCUCUUGCAAGAGGUGCAGCGCCUAAUGGGCGCACACAACCGCACCUUGGACGAGCCACAAACGACAGAGCUGGAUAUGAAUAUUUCCUUCUUGAAUGCAUCACUUUCGUCCAAUAAGCAGUCGCGUUGCAUACCGGACGUACACAAUUUACUCGAGUUAGUAGAAGAUCCCAGUUUGGUGGAUUUUGUCACCAGCAAAAGUGGUGAUGAAGAUUUCGAUUUGCGCGAUUGCCUGGAGCGUUUAAAUGCCGAAGCAUUGUACCUGCUGCAUUUAUCUGAAGAACUGAGCAAGCGUCAAAGGAGACGCUUGUCCAGCUUAUCAAGCGGGCUGGAGAAAAUCGAUAGUUGCUGUGAAGGCGAUAGCGAUGGCGAGAAAUCACCAUCCAUAAGCGAGCAGAUACAACGUUUCGUGCGCACCUCAUCGCUAAAUGAGCAAAACUUACCGACCUACAAGGAGCACAUAAAACACCAGCAAGCACAGUUACUUAAUUCGCUGCCGCCCGAUUUGAAUCGGCUACGCAACGAGCAUUCUAUGAAUAACAAUGUUGAGCUCUUCUCCACACCCGGUGGCAAUGCGUCCGAACUGAAUUUCCAAGUGCAUGAAUUGAAAAAUCGUCUAGUGAAAUCGGAGACCGAUCGCGUUAAACUGCAGGAGGAACUGGAGCAUACAAUCCAACGAAAUUCCGAAUUGGGACAGGAACUGCAGGCGCUACGUGAUCAAUUGUCGCAACUGAACUCACUCAACAACACCGAUUACGCUGAGGGCUAUGGGCACGGCUCGCUUCGAAGUCCGCCACGUGCCGCCGGCUUGGACCGCUCAUCGAGCAGUUUUACACAAUUGCAGGAGAAGGCGCGCAAUAUACUCUCAUCGCCCAUGCAGCAAAAAUCCAACAAUGAUGCCACCGUUGUGUUGCUGCAGAUGAUCGAAGACUUUUGCCGCGAAGGCGAGAAGGUGAUGGAAUGCGGCAAGAAGGAUCGCGACGAUCUGCAGUCACAGAUUGACGCGGCGGAUAAACAACUGAAGGCAACCCGUCAUUUCCUCGAAGAGCAGGCUGCCGAGCGCGAGCAGGAACGCGAUGAGUUUCAGCGCGAAAUUGAACGUCUGAAGACGCAGCUACGCGAUAAAGAGAAGGAGCGCAAUGUAUUUGAGAAUGCCUCCAAGGAGGCGGAGCAAUUGGAGACUCAAAUUCGUGAACUCACCCACAAACUCAACGAGUCGAAUGCGAAACGUGAGAAAUUCGAAGUGGAGUUGAAAGCUUCGAUUGAUAAAAUCUUCGUCUUGCGUGAAAUUAUUACCGAAUUAGAAACCCAAGUGGAGCACAAGGCACUCAAUGAGCAUGUCUUGAGUGAAAAGAAUAAGCAAUUGGAGGAUUAUAUAAACACCCAAACGCGUUCAAACGAAACACUGCAGCAUGAGGUGCAGAGUUUGAAAGUGGAAAUCGGUGCGGGUUACCAGGAGCGUAUACGUUUUCUGGAAGAGAAAUUGCAAAACAUGCGUCCGUCCGCAGAGCAAAGCAUGGUGUUGGAUCAAGUUGUGGAGCAGCUCCGCGACAUUGAGAACACACUCGAUCAGAAAACGAAAACGCUCGAAUCUGUGCAUCAUUCGAUAUCUUCGAAUACAAAUAGUGCCACCGAGGAUGUCUCUGUGAAUGGUGCAGCUCCCCCCACCAACACAGCGCCCCAAACAGGUGUUGCAGACAAUCCAGCAACAACGGCACAAACACCAGGAUCUCCACUGCAUCCCUCGCCACGUCAGCAUUCGCUCACCAUGGAGGGCGUACAACGCAUUGCCGACAAAGUUGCUAAACACACACGUGUCGAGGAGGCGGCCGUCAAACGCAUUCGUGAUCUGGAAAUGCAAGUGACGCAGAUGCGUGAUGCCUGUGUGGAACUCCAGCAUGAUCGGGAGACCCUACAAGAGCGCAUGUCCGAGCAAAAUCAACGCAUUUCCACACUGCAAUCGCGCCUGGAAGAGCAACGGAAGCGUGCGAUGGAGCUGCAGCGUGCGGGUUCUGUGGACUUCAAUGUACGCAUUCAUGAUCUCCAAACCGAGGUACACAAUCUGCGCGAAACCGUCUCCGUGCGUGACAAGCAGAUAGCAACAAUGAAACAGCAAUUGGAGAAGAGUAAGCUUGCUAUGGAUCGCCUCGAAGCAGAAUUGGCUGUGGAACACCAACCGGAUCGUAGUGCGGUGGAGCGACUGGAGACGGAGUUGAAGCAGAAAAAUUCCGCCAUACAAUUGCUGAAGGAGAAAAUCAAGAAUGAAAUGAUAAACAAACUGGCUUUGCCCGACUUAAUGGAAACAAUGCUGGCUGAUAAGAAUGAAGAGAUAGAUCAUCUCCGCGAACAAUUGGAUUCGAAGGAUAAGGAAAUACAGGAGCUCAACUCGAGCCAGGCUUCCAGUUUAGGUGGCGGUGUUGUGGCUGGGAAAAGCAUUGGUGCCGGUAAAGAUGAAAUGAGCACGAAAUUGAGUGCACACACGCUGAGUGACAUAGUGUCAAUCAGCGAGUUCGAUGAACCCGAUCUAAUGCGUCGUGCAGCUGUGUUACAAGAGGCGACUCCAAUACAGCUGGCAGACGGUAAUCGCGCGUUCGGACUGAAAUCAAUGGACACUUCAAAGCAAGCUGUGGCGAAUUUAACGCACAAACGCAGUGAGGACUUGUCUGGAUUUGCCACAUUACGUCCAGUAAAUACUUUUGAUAACCCACAUUACUUUCAAGAUCCCAAUGUGCUAACAAUGACGGGGCAGUCAGCGGCAACGGCCACGCCACCGAUUGUGCCACGUCAAAUUAACUUCUCUGCACUGACAGAGGACUCAAAACUGAAGACGCCCGUUUUGGAAAUGUCAGCAGUGAACAGAAGGCUAGCAGAGGAGAAGGAAAUGUACCAGAAGCUGGAACAGGAGGUGCAACAGUUGAAGGAGAAACUGACAAACAUCUCCACUGAGAAGGAGCAAACUAUACGCGAAAAGGAUCAAGAAAUGCAAGCUAUGGAGGAAGAGCUGGUAGCCACGCAGGUACGCUUGGGUGGUCUACAGCAUGAAUUAGAGCAACACCAAACCGAAAUCAGCGAGUUGAAAAAGGAGGCACAAAAAUGCAUAGUUCUCCAAACGGAAAUUGCUGAAAAGACGGCCGAAAUUGAAUUGCUACUAAGCUCACAAGAACGCCUCACUAAAGAGAAUAAGGAACAGCAAGAACGCUUGUCCAAAGGCGAGAAGGAGCUGCUUAACUAUAAGGAAAAUGAACAGCGGCUGCAAAAACGCAUUACCGAAUUGCAAGAGAAAAUGUUGCAAGCUACCGAACAUGAAGUGAAUGAGCGCGAGAGUUUGCGCAAGGAGUUGAGAGCCGUGAGUGAAAUACACGAACAGUGUAAGAAUACGGUGCGUGAAUUGGAGACGCGCAAAUUGGACAUCGUACACCUAAACGAGCAGCUGAAAGCCAAGGAACAGCGGCUACAGAUGCUUACGAAUAAAUUAGUGCAAGCCGAUGAAAAUGCCACCGAGCUGCAGCAUAAGAUUUCCACACUGGAGGAGGAGGUGGAGCGUUUGCGGCAACAACCAAACAGCGACAACAGCUCGAAACAAUACUCAGUCGAUGAAAUAGCGCAACAGGUGGAAAAGGAACUGAACUAUUCCGUGCAACUGGACUCGAAUAUACUACAAGCUAUCGAGAGUGAAGAGGAGAACAACUUGGAUCGCAAGAGUCGCGAUAAGGCAUCGCAAGAACCCAAUAAGACUGAAGCACAAGGCACAGACGACGAGAAUUUUACAGGCGAACGCGAGCUGUUGAACCAAUUGGAGGCCCUCAAGGCGCAAAUUGCCGUGGAACGCGAACAAAAUGAAGAUAUACGCCAGGAUUUGCUCAUUGAGAAGCAGCACUCGCAGGAAAUACAAGAGCAAGAUGUAGUCAUUAUUGAGGCAAUGCGCAAGCGCCUCGAGACUGCGCUGGAGAAAGAGGAUGAGCUGCACAAAUUGUUGGAUAUUGAACGCGAGCGUUGUGAACGCGUGCAAACACAACUGACCGCCAUGCAGCGUGCCGAGUCCCGUCGCAAUUCACUGUUGCUUAAAUCACCCAGCGAUUCACCGCGCAAAUCGCCGCGCGCACUCAGCAACGAUUUCGAGUCGGAGUUGGCUGAGCGGCUGCGGAGUGAAAUCAAAUUGCUAACGGCGCAAAAUGAGCGCGAACGCGAACGCUGUGUCGAUGUGCAACGCUCCAGCGAACGCGAGCGGCAGCGCUACGAAAAUGAGUUGCAGGAACGCGUCGAUUAUUGUGAGAAACUAAAGCGUGAAAUGGAGAAAUUAGCGCGCGACAAAGAUUUAGCCGAACAAGAGUGCGAACACUUGCAAGAACGUUUAACGCUGCAAACGCAGGAGAUAGAAAGUUUAGAGGCCCGACUUGCAACACUGCAGGAGGCCGAAACGCGGCGUACCACAAGGCGGGAUCGACAGCAAAAAGAAAGCGUCCAACUGCUCGGCGAAAUACAGGAAGUGAAGUCACUGCUGCUAGCUACCGAAGCGGAGCGCGACAAUCUACUCAAGAGCAUUACGCAACUGCGCUUCGACAUGGAGCGCGCUGCUCAACGCGAGGCCAAACUCGCCGAAGCGCUCUCCAAUGCCAAUAUGAGCGCAGCUGAGGCUUCAGUGCCGCAACAGUUUUUGCAAAAAAUGAAAGAGAUAAACGCUUUGCUAGCGGAGAAUACGCAAGAGAAUCGUCAAAUGGCCGAAACCGUGCAAUUUCUUGUGGAAGAGCGUCGCCAAUUGCAGAAAAAGUGUGAAGAACUCGAGUCGCAGCUCGGCGGCACAGCUAACGUGUCAGAGCUAGAAGAGCGCUGCAAUCAGCUGUUAGGGCGCUACUUGCGCUUGGAAUCGCACCGCAAAGCACUUGUCUAUCAGAAACGUUAUUUGAAAAUUUCACUGCAGAGCUACCAAGAGAGCGAACAGCGCGCGCUCGCGGCACUCAAUGGCGGACACAUGAUGCAGCCGCAACGCAACAAAAAGAAGCUGUUCAAAACUGUUGCUCUGGCCGUUGUAGCGAUUCAGCGCAUAAAGUAUAUUGGCCGUACUUGGCGCACAGGCAAGCGCAUCGUUUCCAAAUCAGUUUUUACAAUAACACAACAAAAACCUCCACAACCGCCAACGCUCACAUGUGCCGGCGCCAACAAUUCAUCUUGUCCAAAAUCACCACCAACAAUGAGCUUUCCACGCCCCAGAGAACGUCAAUACCAAUCGUUGAAGUCACCAGCGCUUGUGCAUGAUUAUUUGAAUGGCGGAGGUAUCGAUGACGGUGUUACAUCAACAACAAAUAUGAAUACCGUGCCAAUAUUCGAUUGGCCACGUCUGCAGACCUUUCAACAGUAGCAUUUGCUACGACCAGAGCCCUGACACUACCCAUUAAGUACAUAACUAACUGUUAAUGCUCAAAUAAGAUCCUUAACAUAACGGAAAUAUCGCUGUUAAUAGCCGUGAAGUCAAGUGCAUUUCUACUUUUCUUGUGUAUCAUAGGAAUAAGAAAAUGUCUACAUACAUAUAAGCAUAAAAUAAGCAGUUUUUGACCGAGUGACCGAGUAACCGACAACACCAAAAUGUUCUUGGUCAUUUGUAUUUGGUCGCCACUGUAACAAAUGAACUCUAGUUUUAAGAUGUGUAAAAUUUAGUCAUACUCGUAAGUUUAAGUCUAGUCGUUAACGUGUUUAUAUUCUUAUUGUCCAUAUCAUAUGCGCGCAACUGUUAUGCGUCUACAAAUUGUAAUGUUUUAUGUAUAAUUAUCCAGUAUUUUACUUGAACUACUUCUAAACUAAUGGACUCUAAUGCAUGUUUCACUAAUUUAACAAAUUUCAUUUUAACACAUUUCUUUAAUUAACUCAAAUUAGUUUUACGUUUGAUGCCUCAAAUAUUAUUUUUAAUUUACUCGUAUUAUUAUUAUUAAUAUUAUUACAAUUAUUAUGUUAUCAACUUUCUUGUCAAUUGUCACAUAAUAUUUUUUUUGAAUUAAAGUGAAUUGUUUAUUAUACAAAUA